UGAGCGUAUGUAUGAUUAUUUUUUGAUAGAAUUGAUAAAUUGCAAAAAUUAAUAAUUAAAAGAAAUAAAUAAUCGGCCUAUAAUAUUAAGAGAAGAAAUUAAUUAAAAUAAAAUAAAGAUAAUUUGUUUAAGUAGAAUCAACCAAUUAAUUGAUAAAUUAUAAAUGGGUUGCACAAACGCGAAGUAAAAAAAGGAAUAGAAAGACCCUAAUAAGGUUAGAAAACCGAACGCGUACUUGGCAGAAGAUAAAUUUUGGGAUGACCCUUCAAUAAAGGACAAUAAAUAGCGAGAGUAAACUAUAGCCUCCAUCGAAAAUAUUCAUUACUUCUACAAAUUUGAGAGAAAAUUAGGGUCAGGAUCGUUUGGAAGCGUAACUUUGGGAAUACCAUUGAAUGAUCCUGACAAAAGGGUAGCUAUAAAGACGAUUCAAAAGGAGAGUGUUCAGGGGAUUCCUUAGCAUUAUUUGAAAAGAGAAGUAGAUAUUAUAAAAUCAUUGGAUCAUCCAAACAUUUGCAAAUUUUUAGAAACUUACAUGGACAAAGAAAACAUUUAUUUAGUUAUGGAGUACUGUGCAGGAGGUACGCUGAAAGAGCUAAUUUAUUCGCAGAAUAACAAUGAAUUUGCUGUGGCAAAAAUCAUGCAAAAGCUUUUUUGGGCUGUUAAUUACAUGCACAAUAAUAACAUUGUUCAUCGCGAUUUGAAAUUAGAAAAUGUCAUCUUUUCAACAACCAAUCCUGCUACUUCAGACAUAAAGAUUAUUGAUUUUGGUCUUUCCAAAAAGGUUCAUGACAAAUAGAAGAGAAGACACACCAAAGUAGGUUCCUUCAAUUACAUGGCCCCAGAAGUGCUCCUCCACUGCAAAUACGAUAAAGAAUGCGACGUUUGGUCUUUGGGAUGCAUGAUGUUUGCUUUAAUAAGUGGUGAAUUGCCUUUCUAUGAUAUGAAGAGUAUUCAGGAAGGUAAAUUCGCAUUUGAUGCUGCCAGCUGGAAGAUUGUUUCCAAAGAUGCUCGUGAGCUCAUAGAAAAAAUGCUUGUUGUCAAUACAGAAAAGCGCAUUACAUUACCAGAAGCCAUGAAUCACUCUUGGUUCAAAAGAUUGCGUAAAAAUACCUUAGGCACGAUUGCUCUGCCUCGUUAGAGGGGAUCGAAGCAAUUGGUUCUUGAUAGACUAUUGAAUUUUAAGCAGUCUUGCAUGUUCAAAAGAGAAGUGUUGCAAAUCAUAGUUAAGCAAAUGGAGAGUAAUGAAAAUAUGACACCUAAAGAUAUUUUUGCCUUAAUAGACAAAAACGGCAACGGUUUCAUCACUGUUUAAGACAUAAAAGAAGUAGUAAAAAGAUUGAAUUUAGAAGGAGAGCAAUUCAAAGAUGAAAAAGCAAUCGAAGACCUUGUACAAACAAUAUCUAAAUCUAACUAAAGCAACCUAGAACCGAUAUCUCCUACCAAUAAAACCUACAAAAACUACCAAACUAUUAAAGAAGCCAUUAAAAAAAUCAACUAUUCUGAAUUUCUCGCUGCUACACUUGACGAGCAGUACUAUCUCAACACUUAAAAGCUCUAAAAAGCUUUUAAAUACAUGGAUGCAUCUGAAACUAAUUCAAUUAGCAAGGAUGAUAUCAUGGAUGUCUUUGCUAGAGAAGGAAGAAAACUUCCACCUGAAGAUAUAGAUGCCAUUAUGGUAGAAAUAAGUCCUUACUUGGACAAAAAAGGUAAUUUAAAUUUCGAGGGAUUCUGCGAUGUCAUGAGAAUGGGUUGCAAUUAGUAAUAAAAGGAUAUUUAAGAUAUAGUAGUUGAAGAAAAGCAAGAAAACGUAUCUUCAUGUGAUAAUAGCAGUGACUAUGAAUCAGAAGAAGAAAAUGAUAAAAAAGAAAACAAUGCUAAUAAUUAAAAUCACCAUAACCAAAACGGUAGUAAUAAUCAUAAUAAUCACCAUAAUCAUCACCAUAAAGAAAAAAAGAAAUCUAAACUCUAAGCAAGCAAAGAGAAUUUCGAUACAGAUAUAACAAGCAAAAAUAAUACUUAAUCAAAUAAAUAAACGCAGAAAAAUGCUUAGCACGCUUGAAAUUUUUUGGAAUCUCCUUUUUAUUUAUUUGAAAAAUAUCUAAUUUUCUUACAUACUAAAUAACUUAAUAACUAACUAACUAAUAAACAAACAACCAAAAUAAUAACAAAAAUUUAAUUUAUAAUAACUUAUAAACAAACAAAUAAAUAAAUAAAUAAAUUCACCUUAAUUAUAAUUUCGAAAGAAAUAAAUAUAUUCAUUAUAAAUAAAUAAAUCAAUCAAUCAAUCUAUAAUUCAUCUCUCUCAAUCUACAAAUAAAUAAAUAAAUAAAUAUUGAUCAUUUAAUUACAAUAUUUCUAAUAAUAAAUAAAUAAAUAUUUGCGAAUAUAAUAUUUUGAACAUUUUUCUAAUUAUUUGUAUUAUUUUAUAGUUUAUAUUAAAUCAUUUAUUCAUACGAUCACUAAUCCUUAUAAUUUUUAGUGCUCAAAUUUUUUUGCAAACAAAAUUUUAAUUGUAAUUAUAUUUACCAGUCAAUAUACAUUUAUUUAUUUAUGCGUGCAAAUAUGAUAAAUUUUUUGCAAAUGUACCAGUUUUCUAUUGAUUGACUUUUCCAAAUGAGUCAGAUUUCAAUUAUUUUUGUUUACUUGUAUCCUAUUUAUUAGCUGGUUAAACCUUCUAUAUGUAAUUGAUUAUGUAUCUAUCUAUCUAUGUAUUCAUUUAUUGAGUUUUUCUGAUUAUCUUUUUUGUUUCAGAUUUUUUAAUUAUUCAUCAUAAUUAGUUAUACUGGUUUUAUCUUCUAAAAUACUAGAUUUUAUUUAUAAGAAAAUAGGUAUUUUAAAAAUAUUAUUACUUCUUUUAAUAACGUUUUAUUUGGAACAAUUUUAUUUGCAAAAAAAUAAAUUAUUUUGGUGAAGAAAUUGUUUGAUAUCUUCUCAUUUUAAAAUUGAUUUGAAUAGUAUAAGUAAGUGGCAAUCAAAAUCAGAGGAGGUGAGAGAUAUAAAAAUUUUUUAUUUUUUUUU